AUGGAGCUGCUGCUGCUGCCGCUUCUGCUUUUUGCGGGCAACUUGAAAGCUGAUGAACCAAAAACAGCGAAGCUCGUCUGCGAUUUGACGGCCGAGCCGUGGAGCCAUUCGCAGGGAUGCACGGAGGUGACGCGCGAGAUCGUCGACAGAGACCCGGGCGUCGCCUUCAAAGAAAUUGUCGACCUCGGCACCUUUGUCUACGAGAUCGUAUAUGCAUGCCCGCAGAGUUCAAGCGAAUAUGUGCACUACUGCCGGUGGCGACGGUCGCGCAGGUUCAACUUCGUCGUGCCCAUCGAGCCGGGCUGCUGGCGCUACGGGUGGAAGGAGAAUCGCGAAGACGGCAAGCACGUUUGCGUCGAUGACUUUGACCUAACCAAGCAAGAAGCAGGGAAUUAUUGGCCCCAGCGGCCGAUGGAAUUGCGUGCGUUCAACGUGCGGUUCAACGCACUCUACAGGCACUACUUCCCCGAUCAGUACAUCACCUGCGACGUCACCGGCCCACCCUACCAUCCGGUGCACGGCUGCAAGCAGCUGACGCGCACCCAAGCAGACCCUGACUGGGGCAUCGCCUUCGAGGAGGAGCUCAACUACAAGACGUACAACGUCACCUGGGUGACGUACGUCAACGACCUCAAAAGUAACGACUGGCCCGACGAGCCGAUGCAGCUGGCAACGGCGCUCAGCCCGGGUUUCCGCGAACUCGUCGAAUUCUACUUCCCGAACGGCAAAUAUGAUUUCGGGGACCCGAGCGGCGUACCAAGGGUGAAGCGACCCGAAGGCGGCGUGCCCUACCAGCAACACUGGCUGUAUCCCGCGUCAACACCACCACCAACGACGCGGCUGCCCUUCCAUGUCCCGCCGGAUCUGCUGGCGAUGGUCCUGUUGGGGAUGUUAGAGAUGGGAUUGGUGGCGUGUCUCGUCCUUUACUGUGGCCACGAGAUCAGGAAUAUACGCCGGAUGCGGCGGGAACGAAAAGAGCUCGCUGCCGCCCAGGAAGCUGGAAAAAACACGUCAAAAAUGCUGGAAGCCACGGGUAGCACCAUGAAUAAUGAGGCGGAUGCGGCGAACGCAACCAACACGGCUGACGCGCCGCAGCAGCCACCCGACGCCGGGCUGGUGAAGCUGGGA